CUUUCCGGCACUAGCAUUUACCUUCUGCUUGUGGCAGCCAUGUGAUGUUUCCUUGGUUUCAGCCAAUCAUAAUGUCCUGCAUCUCGUGUUAGUGGCUGUCUGCUUGUGGGAUGGAUUGUAAACCUUUCCAGAUUAUGAGCUGUCACUAGAGCCUGGGUGGCUGCUAAGGAACGUGUCCCUGAGGGAUUUCUAGACCUAGUUGCUCCCGGAGCUGCGAUAUGAUGUGUUAGGCUGCGCUACUGUACAGACGUGGGUGCUGGCCUGCUACAGGCAUUAGCUGAGCAUAGGGAGGUAAAUAAUAUAGUCGCACCGCUGGCAGGCUACAGGGCACGCGUCCCUUCAUACAGCGGCAGUAUUAUGGGCUCAGAGAAAAGCUCCCUGCGAGGAUUCACUCUCCAAGAUCCUCCCUGGACUCAACCAUCCGGCCUUACAAUAUUCCCUGCACUACUAGCGGAGGGUCGUCCUGCUUCCGUGUUUGUCUAUCAGCCGGAACAUCAGCAUAAAGUGGAUAAAGCUGCCAAGCACUUGAAAACACUGCGUCACCCGUGUCUGCUGCGCUUCUUGUCUUGUGCAGUGGAGGAGGAUGGCAUCUACUUAAUUACAGAACGGGUGCAACCCCUGGAGAUGCUUCUCGAAAAGUUGUCAACGGAUGAAAUCUGUGCUGGCAUCUAUGAUAUUCUGCAGGCUCUGGUUUUCUUACAUGACCGGGGGAAAGUGUCCCACAACAAUGUCUGUCCAUCCUCUGUGUUUGUGAGUGAAGAUGGGCACUGGAAGCUUGGCGGUAUGGAAAUGGUCUGUAAUCUGUCAGAAGUGUCUCCUGAGUCAGCAGAAUUUGGGAUUAUUCCAAUGGCCCUCAGCCAUGCCCGUGAUGCGUUCUCAUUUGGCCGACUGAUUGAAAGCCUUCUGGCCCAUGUAAACGAUCAGAGUGAACCACUUUCCAGCUUCAAUUCAACCGUGAUUAACUCUCUCCUGAACCCAGAAGCAGAACUUCGACCUGCACUGUCCACUUUAUUAUCCCAUGAUUUCUUUAGGAAUGAUUUUUUAGAAGUUGUAAACUUUUUGGAAAGCUUAACUGUGAAAACAGAAGAGGAGAAGAAUGAAUUUUUCAAAUUUCUUUUAGAUAGAGUGUCAUCUUUGUCAGAGGAACUUAUCUCUUCACGGCUGGUUCCACUCUUACUGAAUCAGCUGGUGUUUGCAGAGCCAGUGGCAGUAAAAAGCUUCCUACCCCAUCUUCUCAGGCCAAAAAGAGGUAUUAUGGGGAGAACCAAAGAAGAUUGCCUUCUGUCCCCAGCCCUCUUUCAGAGUUGGGUCAUCCCUGAGUUGAUAAAGAUGUUCGAAGUUCAUGAAGAACAUGUGCGGGUGGUUUUGCUGAGCCACAUAGAUGCCUAUGGGGAGCUUUUUAGUUUGAAGGAACUAAAAGAUAUAAUUCUUCCCCAGGUUCUUCUGGGCUUGAGAGACACCAGUGAUAUUCUGGUGGCAGUCACUCUUCGUGGCCUGGCUGCCUUAGUCUGUCUGCUUGGGCCCGAGCCGGUUGUAGGAGGUGGAAGGGUAAAGAUCUUCAAAAGUACAACACCAGGAUUUACAAAAAACGCAGACAUCACUCCAGAAGGUUCCCCAGUGCAUUCCAUCUAUAAACAGCAGAUGUUGCUGAAUCAGGAGAAUGUACUUGCUAAAGGCAAUCUGUCGGGGAUCAAGCAAGCCAAUCCAAGCACUCUCCUCCACCAGCAACGCAGUAACUCUUCCACCACAUUCACAAAUGUGGACAGUCGUUCAUCCCUGACUGCAUCCGUGAAUGGAAUCACUGGCCCCAAAAAGCCAAACGUAACUAACCAUAAUUAUAUUAACGAGCCACCAGAGGACUGGGUGGGCUGGAGUGAACCACAGCCGGUAAUGAGCAAAGAGCAGACUGUGAAUGUGAAGGUGCAGCGAGAAGAAUCUGUGAAUCAUGUGAUCCAGGACAGUGAACCAUGGGAUGACUUUGGCUCAUCUGAUGAACUUUCAGAACCAGCCUCUUCUAGUGGUCCAGUCUCUGCCCACCUGGAAGAUGGGGAAAUCGGCUUUAGUCCUUCUUAUUUAACUUCUGCUCUUAGUUUGGACAGUAAUUCAGCUGGUUCUCUUACCGACGCUUCAAAGCAGACUAAAGGAACAAGCCCACCUGUAUUAACUUAUUCUAAAGCUCCUCAAGCCAUAGAAAAGAAAUCAGUUUCGGGGUUUGGUCUGGGAGAUGAAUUUACAAUAAGAGUGAAAAGCACAAGCAGAGACCCCGAACUCGACUUAUUUGCCGACAUGACGCCCGAUAUCAAAGUGUCCUCACCUGCGUUUAACUUCACUACUGUUGGAACAAACACAAUCCUUGCACAUUAUGAAGAUACUAAUACUGAAGUCCCUAAUAAGAAAGAAGGUUCCCAAACGACUGCUUUCUCAUCUAAGUUUGCAGCAGCUGCAGCUCCAGAGGCGGAGGGAGAAGGCUGGGGAGAAGAAAAUGACUUCAGCUGGGAAGAGGAUGCAAAUACCUGGUGACCCAUUCAGGGGGGCUCAGCCCAAUCCACGUAAUGAACAAGUAUCUCCCUAUGGGACCCGCUAGCAAGAGACUGUGAAGAGUGAACUGUAUGCAGUGAUAUGAGUGGGGUCACAUGCACAAUAGGUAGAACUAUGGGAAUGAAUGAGAUUAAUAUUUAUAGCUUACAGUCUGAACUGUUUUAAACUGGGGGAUGCUAUGUUUUUUUGUACAAGACUUAGAGUUUGUCAUAAGACUGAGAAGCCCCAAGAAAAAAUGCAAUUUCAGAUAAUCUAAAGAUUAUGUAAUCUAACAUAAUAACAAAAACGGACUUCUUUGACACGUUUUUUUCAGGAUUAAUAUUGUCUUUUAUUUAUUAAAAUACAUAAAGGCAUGUCGGCAUUGGCCCAUGCCUUUAAUUAAUUAACGUGUCAAAGAAGUCAGUUUUUGUGAUUAUGUAAAAGGUUCCGUUGCCAGGAAGUUGGAUGAAUGGACAUGUGAUCACCUGGAACCAAUCGGUGAGCUCCACAGUAGUGAGGAAAUACAUUUGGAAUUAGGUUAUAUAAGUUUUAUGGUGGCAGGUGGGUUUCUACACAUCCUGAAAUAAAACUCACACUUCCUAUAUCCAGCAGGGAUUAGCAGUCUCUGGCUCCAUAGCUGUUAUAAAGCUAUAGCUCCCAGCAUUCCACUCGCUUGAGGCCAUGGUGGGAGUUGUAGUUCUGGCACAGCUAGGGUGGCAAAGGCUGUAAUACAAUAUAUUUCAGUUUUAUUGAGAAUUUAGUACCUUGUGAAUUUUAGAUUUCUUUUAUUUGAAAAUUUGUUAAAUGUCUCACAUUUUACAAAC